AUGGCCCGUACUAAACAAACUGCACGUAAAAGUACCGGUGGAAAAGCACCAAGAAAACAACUUGCAACAAAAGCCGCUCGUAUAUCCGCACCAACAGCUAGCGGAGGUGUUAAGAAACCACAUCGUUACAGACCUGGUACUGUGGCCUUACGUGAAAUUCGUCGUUAUCAAAAAAGCACAGAAUUGUUGAUUCGUAAAUUACCUUUCCAAAGACUCGUGAGAGAAAUAGCUCAAGAUUUCAAAACUGAUUUACGUUUUCAAUCAAGUGCCAUAGGAGCUUUACAAGAAGCAGCUGAAGCUUAUUUGGUCUCUUUAUUCGAAGAUACUAAUCUAGCUGCUAUUCAUGCUAAAAGGGUUACAAUUCAACCAAAAGAUAUCCAAUUGGCUCGUCGUCUUCGUGGUGAACGUACUUAA